AGAAAAUUUAGCAGAGGGGAGGGGAGGGGAGAUAGAAAUCGGAAAAGUUGUUUAAUUUGAUUAUUAUUUUUUUUUUAUAGAGAUUUUGUGCAGAUUGGAGAAGGGGGGAAAUGGGUUUCCAGGAAAAUGAGAAGAAGUACAAGAGGAUGGAUUCUUCUGAUGGAGCAGAGGAGCAGAUUGUGUUGAGUAAUAACGAGAAGCUUGAGGAGAGUGUGAUUCAGAGUGUUAGUAACGAUACGAGGAAAUAUGUGAUUGCUUGUGCCAUAUUUGCGUCUCUCAAUUCUGUACUCCUUGGAUAUGAUGUGGGUGUUAUGAGUGGAGCAAUUAUAUUCAUUCAAGAGGAUCUAAAGAUAUCACAGGUACAGGAAGAAGUUCUUGUUGGAAUUUUAAGCAUAAUUUCUCUGUUAGGUAGUUUAGCUGCGGGGAAAACAUCAGAUGCAGUAGGUAGAAAAUGGACAAUUGCCCUUGCAGCGGUUAUUUUUCAGUCAGGUGGAGCUAUAAUGGCUCUUGCACCUUCUUUUAGAGUACUGAUGAUUGGCAGACUUUUGGCUGGGGUGGGGAUAGGCUUUGGGGUCAUGAUAGCACCUGUAUACAUUGUUGAGAUAUCGCCCACCGUAGAUAGAGGAUCACUUACAUCCUUCCCUGAGAUCUUUGUGAAUCUAGGGAUUCUUCUUGGAUACAUCUCCAACUAUGCUUUUUCAGGGUUGCCAGCGCAUAUAAGUUGGAGAAUCAUGCUUGGUGUGGGAAUACUUCCAUCAGUCUUUAUUGGAUUUGCACUAUUUGUGAUCCCUGAAUCCCCAAGGUGGCUGGUAAUGCAGAAUAGACUUGAAGAGGCAAGAUGUGUGCUUUUAAAGACAAAUGUGAGCGAGAGAGAAGCAGAGGAAAGGUUAGCAGAAAUACAAGCAGCUGCUGGGAUUGGUAAUGCAGAGAGGUAUGAAGCAAAGUCUGUGUGGCGGGAAAUAUUAAACCCUACACCUGCAGUUAGAUGGAUGCUUAUUACUGGUUGUGGAAUCCAGUGCUUCCAACAGAUCACAGGUAUUGAUGCUACAGUUUAUUACAGUCCAACAAUCUUCAAAGACGCUGGGAUCAAGGGCAAUUCUCAGCUUCUUGCUGCAACUGUUGGGGUUGGAUUCACCAAAACUAUGUUCAUCUUGAUUGCAAUAUUUCUUAUUGACAGGGUGGGUAGAAAGCCUUUGCUUUACGUAAGCACAAUUGGAAUGACUGUCAGCUUAUUGUCUUUGAGCAUUUCUCUAACUUUUCUUGGGAAUGGACAACUCGGUAUUAUAUUGGCAUUUUUUUCAGUUUGUGCAAAUGUAGCUUUCUUCUCUGUGGGUAUUGGUCCUGUUUGUUGGGUUUUGUCAUCUGAAAUCUUCCCUCUAAGGCUUAGAGCUCAAGCAUCUGCACUUGGGGCAGUGGGGAGUAGGGUCAGUAGUGGGCUUGUUACAAUGUCCUUCCUCACUGUGUCUAGUGCAAUAACAGUUGGAGGAACCUUCUUUGUCUUUUCCAUGAUUUCAGCUCUUUCUGUUGUUUUUGUAUACACAUGCGUCCCAGAAACAAAAGGGAAAUCUUUGGAGGAAAUUGAAAUGAUAUUUCAGAGUGAGGGAGAAUGGCGGGGAGGUGAGGUUGAAAUGGGAGAUGCAGAACGCCUGGUGCAAACACAAGGAUGUAUUGACAUUUCUGAUUUGUAAACCACAACCUUCCAGCAUGUGUUGGACAAAGUAGAACUAGUUCAGUUACGGGAGUCUAUUCAAAAUUUGUUGUGAAUCCUAUCCUACACGAUUCAUAUAAGAAUUAUUUUCAAAGUUUGUUGUUCUGCUGCUGUGGAUAAUGGUUACAGGACUAACAGGCCAGGUUGUAUUUGAUCAUCUGCAGUAAUAGUAUUUCGCUCCUGGACACUCAUUUAAAGUAUGAUUAUUUCACCUCUUCGAGAUUAAUUCAGAUUAUAUUAGUAUUUGGUAUCUAAUUUAUGGGAAUUUUUUUUUCUGUUCAUCUCCCCAACUCUAGAUCAUGUUUAAGAAAGACGGCAUAGUUAU